AUGGACUUGAGCCACAAUUAUUUGUAUGGUGAGCUUUCAUGGAAGUGGGAGAGUUGUCGUAAUUUGACAAGCUUAACAAUAUCCAACAACAACAUUUCUGGUGAGAUACCUGCAGUAUUUGGAAAGAUGACUCGGUUACAGAAAUUGGACCUGUCUUCAAAUAAUUUGAGUGGAGUGAUUCCAAGGGAGUUGGCAAGCUUGCAGUUUUUGCUAGAUCUCAUCCUGAAUAGUAAUCGGAUCACAGGUGAUAUUCCUAAUGAAAUAGGAUUUUUAUCCAAACUAGAGCAUCUCAACCUAGCAUCAAACAAUUUCAGGGGAUCAAUUCCAGCGCAAUUCGUUCAAUGCACGAACUUGUUGAGCUUGAACUUGAGCAAAAAUAAAUUGGAGGGAACCAUUCCUUCCGAGAUAGGAAAUGUGCGAUUCCUAGAAGUUCUUGAUUUGAGUCAGAAUCAAUUGACCGGAAGAAUACCGCAAGAGCUAGGAAAGCUGAGAGUCCUCGAAACCAUGAAUGUCUCCCACAAUAGCUUGUUGGGUUCAAUUCCAGAGACUUUUGGUGAUAUGCUGGCAUUAACUAUUAUUGAUGUGUCCUACAAUAACCUUGAGGGCCCUCUCCCAAAUGUCAAAGCUUUUAAUGAGGCUCCAUUUGAGGCAAUUCAGCACAAUAAGAGACUCUGUGGGAAUGUUGAGGCUUUACAAAAAUGCGACUCUCCUAUGAGCAAGAAAGGCAAUGGAGAUGGUGGACGUGGAACUACUGCUAUCCCUGUGCUCACGUUCUUGGGAUUUCUGCUUCUUGCUUCCAUCGUGAUCCUUCUCUUGAUCUUUGUACGUCGUCCAAGAAAGAAUAUCAAGAGAGAAGACAUUGGACGAUUGAAUGAUUUAGAUUUUUUGUGCAUUUUGAAUUUUGAUGGCAAAGCUUUCUACAAGCAAAUCCUUGAGGCCACAGAAGAGUUUGACUCCAAGUUCUAUGUGGGAGAAGGAGCAUACGGCAUUGUUUAUAAAGCAGAAAUAUCGACGGGUCAAAUUGUUGCUGUCAAGAAGAUUUCUUCGUCCCCUGAAGAGGAGAUCCUUGACUUUGUAUCUUUUGAGAGGGAGAUUCAAGCCUUAUCAAAUAUUCGCCAUCGCAACAUCGUCAAACUUUAUGGGUUUUGCUCUCACUUAUAA